AUGAAGUUCUUUGCCAUUGUUUGCACUUUACUUAUUCAAUCUAUUUUAUAUGUUUAUGCUCAAGCACCACUUAAUGCUGGUGUAGCCAUCACUUCACCUGUGCUCAAUACUGUUGUCAAGGGAGGAUCCAACUUUACAAUCUCAUGGUCUAUUCUCAACAAGAACGCUACUCGUAUCGAAAAGAUUGGUUUAUGGAAGGGCAAUGCAGCUUAUCUUACUCCCGUCAUCCUCAAUAUUCUCAAAAAUGGUUCCAUUCCUGUUAAUCCACCAACUUACAACUGGACAGUUCCAACCAACUUGACAUCAGAGAGUGACUAUGUUUUGACUAUUGUUGGAAAUAACAGUUAUACCAGCUAUUCUCCUUAUUUCACUAUUAAAAACGCUUAA